AUAUUAAUAAUUCCACAAUUUUAUAAUCUUAACUAUAAUGUUUAGUCGUAGAAUAUUGUUUAAUGUUAGUAAUAUAAAAAAUUCUUUGGAAUCCACAGUUAUUUACAGGUCAUUUGUUCCAAAGCUUAGUAAAGACACAUUUGGGUAUAAUUUUAUCAACAAACUCUACAUAACUACUCUUAAAAAUGAUAAAAUUAUCUCUAACAAUAAAAGUCCAACUGAUAUAAUAAAUAAUACUCUGAACCAUUCCCUGUUAACUGGUAGAUACAUUACAAUAAAUAAUGCAGUUUCGAAGGAUAAUGGACUGUAUGAUAAAAUAAUAUCAUGCGGAAGGCUCAUGAGGGUUCACACCCUAAUGCCAGUUGUAAUUUUCGCUCUCCCAGCCAUGUGGAGUGCCGCUUUAGCUUUACCACCAGUUGUUACCUUUUUAGAGCUUAAGAAAAUCGCACUUUUAUGUUUGGGUGCUUUUUCCGCUAGAUCCGCUGGCUGUUGUGUAAAUGAUCUUGCAGAUAGAAAUUUUGAUAAGUUAGUACAACGUACUAAAAUCAGACCCUUAGCCUCAGGCUCAAUAAACACAACAGAAGCACUGAUCACUUUAAUGUUUAAUUCAACGAUUGCUUUGACAAUUUUGUAUCAAUUUGAUCCUACAACUAUCGGUUUGGGACUAUUAACUGGUGUGACUUGUUCAAUUUACCCCUUCAUGAAAAGAUAUAUUAAAUAUCCUCAGCUUAUUCUGGGUCUUUCUUCCAGUAUAGGAACACUAAUGGCUUGGACAGCCAUAAGUGGUAAUCCAUUAACAAUGGCUCCACUUUGUAUAUAUUUAACAUCUUCACUGUGGUCGCUAAUUUAUGACACUGUUUACGCUCACCAGGAUAAAAAUGAUGAUAUCAAAUUAGGUCUGGGCUCAUUAGCAAUUGAAUGGGGUGAUAAAACUAAAAAAAUGUGUAAUAUCGUGGCCUACAAUAUGUCAAUUCUAAUGGCCACCUGUGGUUAUCUAGCUCAUCUUACCGAUUUAUUCUAUGUGUCUGUGGUAAUAUCGCAUUUAUGGAUGUUGAGGGAGAUUAAAAAGGUCGAUUUGAGUGAUCCAGCAAAUUGUCUGCUAUUUUUCAAAAAAACAACAAUUUACGGGGGAUUAUUGUUACUUGGAAUUAUUUUAGGCAAACCUGAGCUUAAAUUUGACUUCAAAUCAGAAAAAUCCCUGGAAUCCACAGCUUCGUAAUUUUCUCACAAAAAUUCUCAGAUCUUUAAAUUUUUUGUCAAAUUUCUGUAAAUGUAUCAGUUUUAUAAAUUUUAAUAAUAUAUAAAAAUGAUU